AGUCUGUGGGUGUGACGUCUGAGGAUGAGACUAUGGGGAGACUUUGGCUUUGGAUCGAAAUACCUCCUGAAUGAACAAAUAUAAUGUAAAUAUUGCCAUAUUCAUACAGUUGUGUUCAUUAAAGCAGCCUGCUGUUCUUUGUACAACUGGAUCAUAGCACAAGACAACAACUGAUCAUCAACUCAUAUACGAGUUAAGGUUUAUUUAAUUAAAUAAGACAAUACUAGCAUGCCCGUAGCGUGCUCUCAUAAUUUUGAGCGAGAUAUGGAAGAAUUACUAUAUGUUUAGUGCACAUAAAUAAACAAUGACAUAAUUACAUAACGAUGCCAGGAAGAUGUGUCGAGGCGGUUUUAAGAGACAGAGAAAGAGGGAAGUGGAAAAAUCCUUUUGCUUGCACUCAGCAGGUGUCCCUUUCGAUUAACUGAUGCUUAGAAUGCAUCCUGUCAUAUUUACUUGACCAUCACGCAGACAGAGAAAACAGACUAUCUCUUCUUCAUCUUCCCUCUCCUCUCGUGCUUUAUUUAACCACCACGUCUAAACCCUGCCAUCGAGUCUUGCUGUUCAACAAGUGGAAAAUCAAAUCAUAUUUCAAAAGACUGCACAAUAAAACACACUUAAAGGACUUGGCAUUGGGUUUCCCCAAAUACCCUUCUUUCUCUCUGAUUUCCUCUCGCUCUCCCACUGUUUCUUCUUUUGCAGAAAGCCUCCUCCCACUUGUCCUUUUAGAGUCAUACAAAUGAAACCCACUAGAAGGGCAUUCUCUCUCUAUCUCUCUCAAUCCUACUUCCUUCCUCAACGCCCAAACACUUCUCUCCACUCACCUGCUGAAACAGUGAAUGCUCUCUCUCUUUCAACCAAGAAAGACACACACACACUCAUCUGAGAUCCCUGGUGGUUCUCAUUUUUCCUCUCAUCUUCGUGAGCACCUGACGUUGAGGGAGUUUGUUCCCUCUCACUCCCAGAGGUCAAUAUUCCGGCUUACGGUGAGAGCUCCGUACUGGCGGCCCAGCCGCUUUCCCGCUUUAGCCUGGGACGGAAGACCCUGCUGGGGGCCGGUACGGCCGUCAUGCUGCUCUUGGUGCUGGUGGUCCUCAUUCCUGUUCUGGUUCAUCUAGCAGGCAGCAGCGAAAACGGAGGUCAGUACGAGAUGCUGGGCACUUGCCGAAUGGUCUGCGAUCCGUUUUUGGAAAAAACUGGCACUACAGAUGGUAUCGGUACGGGCACGGCUAUCACUAAUACGCAGCUGGAAGCUGAGGCACUGACUGAUCAUAGCAUGGGACCCCCUUUGCCCACCUACGCCCACGGACCGCAGGGCAAACCUGGCCGCCAAGGAAAACCAGGGCUACCAGGACCUCCGGGUCCUCCAGGACCCCCGGGACCACCUGGAGAGCCAGGUCCUCCAGGACCAAUGGGGCCACCGGGAAAUAAAAACCACACAGAGCGGCCGGACAUCUUUGCUCUGGGUGGAAGAACAGCUACCGGAAUGGGGACAGCCGUCUAUACCAUGGGACCCCGCGUGGCCUUUUACGCAGGUCUGCGAAAUCCGCAGGAGGGCUACGAGGUUCUGAGGUUUGAUGACAUAGUUACAAACAUUGGGAAUAACUACGAUGGAUCGACUGGGAAAUUUGUGUGCAAGGUUCCAGGGACGUACUUCUUCACGUAUAACGUCCUCAUGAGAGGAGGAGAUGGAACCAGUAUGUGGGCGGAUCUCCUUAAAAACGGACAGGUGAGAGCCAGUGCCAUCGCUCAGGAUCAGGAUCAGAGUUAUGACUAUGCCUCAAACACCGUCAUCCUGCACCUCGACCCCGGUGACGAGAUCUUCAUCAAGCUGGAUGGUGGGAAAGCGCACGGCGGGAACAGCAACAAGUACAGCACUUUCGCUGGCUUCAUUCUGUACAGUGACUAGAGGUCAAAAGGUCAUCGAAUUCAGUCUCAGUCUGUAGGGUAUUUCACCUGAAAAUCAACAGCUAUACUCUCAUAACUGAGUCACAAAACACAAGCUAAUUUGUUUAAAGAGUCAUUAUGCAGCCUGAAGGGAAUGGCUUGUAUGUUUUGUUGUAGUAGACAUGUGGUUUUAAAGCCUGGAUCCAAUGAGGACACAACUGGAAGUGGUUUUUAAUUCUUGAAUCUGCUAAAAACCUUCAACAGACACACAUGAAAUCAACAAGAAUGAGAGAGCUGGGCUUCAGGGUUUCAUCAGAGUCGUAAUUGAUCAGAAGCCUAAUCUAGUUGAUAUUUCAUUAUGAUGUUGUCUUUGUAUGUCUGAUCAAUCUGUGAAUCUGCACUGCUGUUUAUCAAUGUCUCCGACUCUAUGUGAAGUGAAUGACCCUAAAUGAUAGCCUAAAAUAUUAAUGAGUGUAUGCACCUGGUUUUGACUGCUGUAAAUUACACCUUGUCCCUGAGAGUCUGUUGUAAAUUAUAGUAGUGCAUCUGUUUGUGAUUGCUGUGUGAAUGUGGAAGUACUAACACUAAUAAAGUGAAGCAUUCAAUUUAUCUUAUAGCUAAAGCUAAACCCGUUCAUUGUUGUUUCUACCAAUGAAUUAUGAAGUAUGUGGUUAAUAUUACCAUUACAAAUAAAUCUUAUCCCACUAAAAGUUACUACUUAACAAUGGAUGGAGAUCUAUUAUAACUGUCAUAGUAACGCUGGUUUAAGAAGAUGACGAGCACUAUCUAAAAUAAUGUUGUAAAUACAGUAUAUCACAAAAGCCAUGACCUGUAAUCUAAAUAUCUAAAUGUUACAGCUUAUAGAUUUUUGCUUUUGCUAAUAAAUGGGAUUUUUCUAACACUUUUUGUCACUCGGUUGAUUGCUAAGUGAUGCAUGGAGUGUCUGCUGUGUUGUCUACAUAGACAGCUGCCUUCAAAGGGAGCAUCCUAACACAAAGGAAUAGUUCACCUAAAACUGAAAAUGUACUCACCCUCAGACCAUUCAAGAUGUAGAUGAGUUUGUCUCUUGCUCA